ACACCGUCGAUGUAUAAAAGAAGAAAGCGAAGGUUAGCUGAAAUUCUGUUCCUUAAUUUGUUUCGGUUCAGUUGUCAAAAUCCGAAUGUUUGAAUGACAAUAAAGGCAGUGAAAAUAUUACUGCAUAAGCAGAUUCAGUAAUUACUUUGUAGGAAGCUGAUGGCCAUCAUGAAACCAUCCAGUUAUGUUGGAGGCAAUGCAUGCAAGCUGUCUGUUGGGAACCACUUGCUGUACCUUCAUAUGAGCAGCCACUACCGGCGCAUCUGUAAUGCUAAGUGCACAGUGGAUACUUCACCUCCGUGCGCUUAUAAGUUGAACCACAGUGCCAGGAGGAGACGGCACCAUCACACCAACUCUCAGUCAGACGUUUCCUCAUACGGUCCCGUUGAUUGUGAACUUGGACUCGCCAGAAACAUUGCAAAUGAUGCAAAGCAGUCAUCGCAUACAUACUCGGGAUGCACCUGGACAGAACAAGAGAAGCUGAGACAAACCGGGGCUGUGGCUUCCCACAAACAGCAACAUCAGUUUGUAGAAGGGGAACUGCAACAUCAUCGAGGGAGGAACACCUGUAGGACUCUGUGCAGGCCUCCAGCAAGCAAAGAAUCAUCGAAUUACUGCAGGAGGGUCCCAUUGCCAGACAUCAUGGACCAGCAUGCCAAGAGAUUCACGUCACCUGACCGAGCAUUCAGGCCUCGCAUCCUGAAGACAGAGACACAGUCAAGGCUGCAUGACUCCAGAGUGUACCAUCCUGCAAGCAGAAAGAUUAGGCUCUCUCAUCAUGGCAGACUGCACGAGCAGCAGAAGCUGCAGCACCAACAGAGUGAAGAGGAAGUGAUGUCAGGCAGGACAUCUGCGAGGUGUUCCGAUCUCUGCGAUGCUCAGAAACAUGUCAGCAGCAAGGAGUCGAGUCAUGACUCUGCAUACAAUGGCGGUACAUCUUCAAGUGCAGAGAGCCGUGGGCCAACUCCAGUGGUCAUGUGUCCCACACAGAAGGGUGCAACUCUUGACAUGGUACAAUUGCAGAGCAGGAAGGAAGAUGCAGCUUACGUAAAGUUUGUGCAUGACAUCACAGAGGAUGUUCUGGCUCGAGGGAUCUACAGUGAUAGGGGACUUCAGCAACUGUUCCAGCGUCAUUUAGCUGACAAUGAGGGGCAGCUAAACUUGGAUCGGAUGAAGGAAGAGGUGGGCCGACUGUGCGAGCAGCUUGGCAUCCUGCAGACUGACUGUGGAGGUGAGCUCUUCCAGGUGGCUCAGAGAAGUGAGUUCCUGUCACAGGAAACUGGGUACAUGCAGAAGAUGGGGACAGGAUGAAGGCAUACAUGUUAACCUGAAGCACCAGAUGGCCUGGUCCUACUGCCUUGGAUACAGCAAUAGUACAAGUAUUACAGUGCCUUACAAAGGAACCUGGUAAAUAUUCAUGUAGCAUAUUGGUAUUUUUGUACAUUGCCAAGUACUGAUGUAAUUAAAUUAAACCAGUGAAAGGGG